AUGCAGAUCCAGAUCCCGAACGACAGAGCGCCAACUCCGAGAAUCACUCCAAUCACCGUCCCCACGAUCACUCCGGUGCUCGGUUUUCCCCUUAUUGGCGGAGGAGCUGGGGCGUCAACUGGGGGCGGCGCGGGCGGAGAGAUCUCGGGGGAAGGCGUGGGCGGAGAGAUCUCGGGGGGUGGCGUGGGCGGGGGAACGGGGGGCAAGGAUGGAGCGGGGGCAGGCGCGGGCGCGGGUUGCGGGGCGGGGACAGGGGGAGGGAUAGGCGGAGCGAUGGGCGGAGCGAUGGGCGAAUCGACGAACGCGGGCGCGGGCGUCGGUGAGGGCGCGGGUGUUGGGGAAGGCGCGGGCGUUGGGGCAGGCGCGGGCGUUGGGGAAGGCGCGGGCGUUGGAGACGGCGCAGGCGUUGGGGAGGGGGACAGAGUAGGCUCCGGAGCGGGUGCCGCGACUGGGGGAGGAGGGGGCGGGGAGGCCUUGGUUGGCGGAGGGGAGGCCUUGGUUGGAGGGGAGGCGUUGGUUGGAGGGGAGGCGUCGGGGGGAGGGGAGGCCUUGGGGGGAGGGGGGGACUUGUGGGGCGGAGGCGGCGGCGACUUGCCUAGGGAUGGGGCGACGAGAAGCGCGAGGAGAACGACCAGCACUUGGAGAUGCGCAGAUCCGCGCGCAGAUCCGCAAGCGCGCGCCAUGUUUCCGCCCGCGUGCAAUGCGCGCGUGACUGCGGAAAAGACCCGGCGAAAUUAUCACUGCGAGAUAUGCGGCGGGGAUUAG